CGGGACACGAUUAUUAAAUGGCGUUUUCAGGGCUGCCGUUCUCUGUUUAACUCUAUCUCUCUUGCACAAACACGUGACAAAAAUCUAACUUGGCUGAUCCUCAAGAAACGUCUCUGUCAUGUGGAGGACCUAGCUACAUCACUAGUAAGAGUUUAGAGAUUUGAGUGCUCCACGGGAACUUGGAAAAAACGAACCGUUCUUCCUUGACUAAACUGCAGGAAAAUGUAGUUUGUUCUCCGCCGUAGGGACACGCCUAUCUACAAGUUCCCACGGGGUUUAUUUUCACGAACCAGGGAAUGCAAGUCUGUGCAGUGAAAGUUGCCUCCGUGCGACAGCAACGGCCGUGUGUAAUUCUCUGGAAAUUCGCUCUUUUGAGAGUAUAAAACCGCCGUCCUUCAGACUCCAGUCCCCUCAAAGUGUGUGCAGGGAAAGGGGUGAAUGCACCCAAGGCGCCGGCCGUAACCGAGGCGCCUCUCCAAAAUGCCCACUUGAACAGCGCGUUUCCAGCCGCUAAACCACAAGUUAAGUGAGCUUUUUCACUGUUGGAGUCAUGGAUUGCCGCCCUGAGGUCUUGUGCUUGUUCACUGCGGCCGCUUCCAGCGUCCAACAUUGCACACUCCCGAUUUUACGCGCCACCCGUCGGGUCCUACGUGGAAUCGGUUGUCCGACAGGCGAGCGUUUUUCUGGACCGCGUAGCCUUGGAAAUGCGCCAUCGAAGGAUCGACGCAAGUCUCACACGUUUCAAGUUCUUCUCGAUUGUUUCAGGAGGCGACCAAAGUCAUCGAAAGGAGUCGACUCGAGAUAUACUUGUCACUCCCAUUUGAGCGGCUCCCGAGUGCCCGCAAGCGUCGUGCGCUCCUGUCCCUCCUGUUCAACCGCUUCACGACGAAUCAGUUCGCUAACGAAAAGUUUAUUGACUGGCUUUUAUCUGUGAUACAAGUGUCCUUCGAGUCGUCGAUUGACCUGCAACUCUUCUGACGUAGCGCCGCAACUCACAACCGAAAGCCGCUUCUCCUGACUCUGUCGCCAACUCGCAGUCGCGGCUGGCGCAAUGGAUUACACGUACACGUACAGACCGCCUCCUGCGGUACAAGCAGAAGCGUCAAGUAUAGCGGUCGGGACGUACGGAACAGCAAGUACCACAGACGUGGAAGAAACCUUCACCCGUGAGAGUCCGCGAAGGUACUCUGCCCCCCUGGCGCGCGUGCCUCGAGCGCGAGCGACUUCCAGAAGGCGGGUUUUCGAUCAGGAGCCAGGCAAAAGCGUUAAGUCAGCCAGAUCUCGAAACGUUGCUCGCGGGAAGAGAGUAGACUCCCGAACUGUCGCGAUCGGAAUCGCAGUUGCUCUCUUUCUGACGCUGCACUGUGGGAGGUACGUAACGCGCCGGUUGGUUGCGACUUCAGACACAGCAACGCGUGACUAUCAGACUGCGGAGAGCGCCUUGACUGGGAGUACAGAAGAGCGGGAAAAGAAUCAGAUUAGAGAUUCGGCGGCUCAAAGCGAACAAACGCCGGCGGGGGUUCGUGCGCAAGCCGUGGAAGCGUCUGCCCAGUCGAAGAGCCUCCUCCACCACUUUGUCACCGAGAUGCCCUGGGGAAAGUUUUUUCUGGCGAAUUUGCCCAUGGUGUUGGCUCUCUACGCGCCGUUUACUGCUUUCGUUGUUUCUAUUAUCUCGUACUACGUCAUGGAAGUCCCGGGUGCGGUCGACAAAGUGUUGGAGCUGUUCAGAAGACGAGACGUGUCGAACCUAGUCACCAACGCGAAAGUCCUUCUCGGCAGCAGCAUGACGACGCUAGAGUCUUUCGAGCACCUUACGAAGAAGGAAAAGACGAAAUAGAUCAUAAAUGCGCCGAAAAUCUGGUCACGGAUAAAAACCAGAAAGUCACAUGCGCGGCUUCACCAAGGUUCGAAGGACGCUACACUUUCGAAUCCUUGUGUAGCAGAAAAAUGACUGGAGGUGCCGCGACACGUCGAGGCGCCGAUCAACAGAUCUCUCCUGUACAGCGUGAGCGAGAUACAACGCAGUGAAGAGAAGAAGGCAUUUCGCAGCGAACGGAUAAGGAGCAGAACCGACAAGACAGGAGGACGCAUCGGGUGGACAACACUCAUGAAGCAGAAGCAACAGGCUACACAAACACUGUCUUGGACGCGGGCAUGAACAGGCUCGACACCGGCCCUGAGAGCUCUGAGUCACCAGUGAACGCCGUCUCGAAAAGAGCGGAAUGUUGGCGACUGAAGAGAACUUACUGAAAGAGAAGGGAAAUGGGGUCACGGACGGCUCUUCAAAGCGAGAUGCUUGGGCGAGUGGUGAACUUUUUAAACGUGUGCGUGUCCGAGUAUCCAGAGCGCGGCAGCGCGUUUAUCCGUCGUUGGGUGCUGCUAAGUUUUAUCGGCGAUGCUUCCAUGUUUAAGCGUCAAAGAGCGUGCUGGUCUCAAGGUUGUUCGCUGCAACUUUUUCAGAACCCUGGCUUGUUUUGGGGGGUGUGGCGGAGGCAACAGGCUCGACCUCGUAAUUCUUCGUUUUUCUUCACUUGGCCUACAUAGUGGUCAUCUGGGAAAAGUGUCCAGGUGUGAAACCCUAGACUCCAAAGCUUAAACACUG